CGGGAGGAGCUCAAGAAAGAAGGGACAGGAGAGCGUCGUAUGGGCUUUAGAAAAGUAUGCAUUGCAGUCGAAAAGGAUUAUCUUAACGAGACAGGUGAACAUGUUACAAUCAACCCAAAAACUGUCUGCUCGCGCUACAAUGGGACACCCAGCCUUCACGAAACAAGAGCCAAUCAAUCACUCAUCACGCCAGAAGAGGACAAGGUCAUCAUAGACACGCUUAAUGAGUGUGCUCGACAAGGCUUCCCAUGGACUCAUGCCAGACUCGCUGAGAUCGCUAACAACAUUGUCCGC